AUCAUCUAUACCACAACCACUUGCAUUCUGAGCCCGAGCCCCUCCCGUCUCCCCCGCCGCAGCACCCCGCCAGUGCCAUCUGCCAUGGCCUCACCACCGCGCGUCCUCCUCGGGCACGCCCUCCUCCUCACCCCCCUCCUACCGCUCCUCGCCUGCGCCGGGCUCGUCCUGGAGGACGGCUACACCGUCUCCACGGUCUCCGACCUAAACCCCACCGGGACCCACCCCUACGCGCUCCUCCCGCGGCCCCGCGCCGGGGACCUCGUCCUCCUCGACUCCGCCGGAUCCACGCUCUACACCCUCCCCCUCCCCGUCUCCGCGGACGCCGGGCCGCGGAGGCUCGCGGGGGGCGCCGGCGCCUUCGGCCGCGGCCACCCCCGCAGCAUCGCCGUCGACGGCGCCGACAACGUCUACGUCGCCGACCGCGCCAACGGCUCCAUCCGCAAGGUCGCGCCCUCCGGUUAUACUACUACAAUUGCUGGAGCGUACUCAGUGGGGACUGGUCACAGGGAUGAACCAGCGCAGAAUGCUACCUUCUCUGCUGACUUUGAGCUUAUUUAUGUCCCCAAAAUUUGUGCACUGUUGGUUGCUGACAGAGGAAAUCGAUUGAUUAGACAAAUCAAGCUAAAGCCAGAAGAUUGUGCACAUGAGAACCAGAAAGGCUUGGGAACCACAUCUGCCUCAAUCAUUGCAAUAUUGGCUGCGCUGUUUGGUUCAAUUAUUGGGUUCUUAGCCAGGCAUUUCUACCCUUUCCAUGCAGGAAGUCUCCAUCAACCGCUUUUUCAGCAGGAUACAGAGGCAAUACAGGAGAACCCAGAGGAAGGCCGCACUGAUCAGCUUCUCCGACAUCAGAAACGCAAUUGCUAACUCCAUGCUUUCUACCGUCCUGCUGAAACUAGUUAGAGUUAGUGUUGGCUAUCUUACUGUUGUGUUACCUAGUAUUAGGCUAGAGCGAGGAGUUGCCUGUAAGCCUUCUCCUUCUUCUCCUUCUCCUCCUUCUCUUCUUGAUCUAGACAUGGCUAGUACUACUACUCCUGCCAUUGGUCUUGGCAACGAAGCACUGCCUUCUACUGAGCUUUUGGGGGAUUUCGUCGGCUUCGAUGAUAGCGACAGCGCUACGGAUGAGGGCAAUGAAUCCGCCUUUGAUGGUAGUGCUCCUCAGGAUGAGAAUAAAGAGACGUCGCUUGACAGGGAUUUGUUGGCGCUUCUUGAUAUCCAACAAGGCAGUUAUAAGAAAAUAGACAAUAUGAUCGAGGCCAACUUAUCGGACUUUUCAGGCCAAGACAAGUAUUGCAGCCCAGCUGUUAACUAUUCUGGAGUAAGCAGGAGGUUCCAUGGAGGUAGCAAAGGUUCUCUGAGCUCGCUGUAAGUGAAUAUUAGUUGUAUUAGUGUCUAGUGUUUGCCUGCCUAAAUGUCUAAAUAACAACUGUGUUAGUAUUUGCACGUAUAAAAACUGUGCUCGUCGUAUCUUCUGUGGCAGUGGCAUGGAAGUAUGUAACUAAUGUACCUUGGUCAUGGUGAACUACGGUUGUUUUAUGUGAAUAUAAUUAGCUUCCGUACCA